AUGCUUGAUGUUGUUAGAGCCAAUACUUUUGUGGCUGAAGUUUUGGGACUUGAUCCGAGGGAAGUUGAUGUUCCAGUUGUGGGUGGGCAUGCUGGGGUUACAAUCUUACCUCUUCUAUCUCAGAUGAAGCCUCCAUGUUCUUUUACUUCAGAAGAAACUUCAUACCUGACAUCUCGUAUUCAGAAUGGUGGAACUGAAGUUGUUGAGGCAAAAGCUGGGGCAGGAUCUGCGACUCUUUCCAUGGCAUAUGCCGCUGUUAAAUUUGCUGAUGCAUGUUUGCGAGGGUUGAGAGGCGAUGCGGAUGUUAUUAAAUGUGCUUUUGUACCUUCUGUGGUUACAGAACUACCGUUCUUUGCAUCGAAGGUGAGGCUCGGUCGUAAUGGCAUAGAGGAGAUAUACCCUCUUGGUCUCCUCAAUGAAUUUGAAAGGGUUGGAUUGGAAAUGGCAAAGAAAGAGUUAGCAGGAAGCAUCGAGAAGGGCAUUUCGUUUGCAAUGAAAUGAGCGGGUAUGGUGGUUUUGAGUAGAUGUUGUAUUGUCUCAUUUAAAAGGAGAAAAAGAUGUUUUUUCGAUGCCAACUAUAUAAAAUAAAUGAUAAUUCCUAGAGGAUUAAGUUCUGGUUAUUAGUGUUUUCGUUUUAUAAAU